UAAACAAAUGUGUUCACGGGUACUGCGCGUGGAUGCUUGUUGACACGGUAAAUAUAUUACACACACAACUCAUUUGAUCAGUCUUUAACAGUAAUCUCAGGUUUAUAAAGCAGGGAUAAAUGGUUAUGAUUGAGGAUGAUUUACACCAAGAAGCAAAAAGAUGAGUGAUGACAUAUAUGAGGUCCCUGAGGGGACAGAAUAUCGUUACUUGGUCCAAGAUGAAGAGCAGGAAGAGAUCCAGUACGUCCGCCGCCACUACGUCAGUCCAUUCCUGGUGGUGUCACGCAGGUGUAUGUUCCUCAUUGGCUGCGGUGUCCUGUCCCUCCUCGCUCUCGCCGGAUACCUGGCUUACAUAGCCGAGACCCCUCGUCUGGGACGUACAGAGGUGGAGACAGAGUGCGGUUGGCUGCGUGGUCGCUGGAAAGAUGGGGCAUAUUCUUUUAAGGGCAUCCCGUAUGCCGUACCGCCUGUGGGUGAACGCCGUUGGCGCCCCCCGGAGGACCUGCUGAAGGUGGGAAAGUGUUGGGAUGGCGUCUACGAUGCCACCCGUUUCCGCAACAUAUGUGCGCAAGUGCAGCCCCUGCGUAAGAAUGGAACAGUUUUGGGGCAGGAAGACUGCCUGCACCUCAGCGUGUUUACGCCGAGCCUUCAGCCCACCAAACCCUUGCCGGUCAUGGUAUGGAUCCACGGAGGGUACCUCCACAUGCUGAGCGGCCAGGAAAGAGGUUACUCACCCACCGAAGAGCUGGCGGCACGGACGCAGAUGGUGUACGUCAGUAUGAAUUACAGGCUCAAUGCGUUCGGCUUCAUGGCACUGGAGGUGCUCAGGAAGGGGUCUGCCACCAACUCUUCAGGAAAUUAUGGCUUCAUGGAUCAGAUCCAAGCACUUCAGUGGGUCCAGAAGAAUAUCCAUAAAUUUGGUGGGGAUGCAGAAAAGGUUACCAUAUUUGGCCAAAGCUCAGGUGGGACAUCAGUUUGGACCUUGAUGAUGUCACCGCUAGCCAAAGGUCUCUUCCAUCGUGCGAUCGACAUGAGCGGCUCGUACAUUUAUAACGCCUCCCUGGAGUCGGCCGAAAGAGACAACUUAGAAUUCCUGAAGAGCACCGGCUGCAAAGAUGCCGUCUGCCUGCGAGGCUUGAACAUCACUCAAGUCCUUCAGGCAAUUCCGUGGCAGCAUUACCCAUCCUGGGCAGCAGAUGAUCUAGUCGAUCUUCCAGUGAAGGGUCAAUUUAUUGGGCCGGUGUGUGUAGUUGAUGGUCAUGUUCUCCUCGAGCCUCCAUUUAUGUCCUGGGAGAAGAAGAGCGGAGCCUACAAUGAUGUUCCUUUUGUGGUUGGAACAACAGAACAGGAAACUGACUAUGGUCCUCCAUAUAAGAACAUCUCAACAUGGAAGUGGGAGGACUAUCGGUGGUUCGUGAGAGAGAAACUGAUGCCUUUUGGAGAGAACGUGACCAAUCAGGCCCUCAGUCUGUACAACAGUUCGGCACCAUGUUCAACCAAGGAUCGAUGUCCGGAGAGACUCUACACCACCAUGACCUCUGACAUGAAGGUCACCUGCCCCAAUAAUGACCUGGCUAAAAGAGCUGCAGGAGCUUUGAAGAGCCCAGUGUACCGUUAUGUAGUGACUUACACACCAUCGGGACAAGCAAACGUCUCCAGCUUGCUUCCAUUUCCCAGUCGCUUUGCAUUUCAUCUUCUAGACAGCCUGGCCUUCUUUGGUGGUCUUGAAAUGGUUUUGGGAACCCUGUCACCUGCUGAUAUCACCUUUCAGCAAGAGCUCACAAAGUAUUUUCUACAUUUUGCCAAAGAGGGUAAGAUGCCAGAGGAGUGGUCGGAGUUUCCGUCACACACUGCAUUGCUGGAUGAAAAAGUUUCAUUUGUAAGCAGCUACUCGGCCCAGCGGUGUGACCUGUGGGAGAAGAACGGCUUCUACUCGUACGCCUGGAUGAACUGAGCCACAUAAUCAUGGGAUUUAUCGACCCGUCCACCACAUUUUCUCCGACCUGUGUGACAUGAACGAAGCUUUACCGGGUGAUUACAUAGCAGUAUCGAUACAUUGUGUAAGACUUUUCUGAGCAGGGAAUGUAUAACGCUUGCCUUUACAUGAUCCUAGACUUAAAUAUGUUGGGGAAAUGACCAAUGAGAUCCCUUUAAUAUGUAAAUAUAUAUGAAAUGGUUUCUCCUAGACAGCAAUGAGAUGAAAUGUAUCUUUCUAAUGUGACAUAAGGAUCCCACUAAUGUCAUGUGUAUCCUCUACAGAGGAGGAUUUACUAGGGACGUGCUCAGGUUUGUUACGGUGAGAAAGUCUUCAAUCAAAUAUAUGAGAGAUUUCAGAAACUUUUUUGAACUUGCUAUUCACAUUCAUUUGAUAGCUUUAAAGUCUGUAGCACCAAUUGUGAUUUUUUAUUUUAAAAGCAAAUGCUGCUUAAGUGAAACAUAAAUGAGAUUGCCAUUAACAUACAAGUUUAAUUUAGCUACACACACCGAGAUGGCAAUCUUCAUUAUUUAUGUUAUUCAUUGCUUUUUUUAAACACUAUUUGAUUAUAAACUAAUAAUAACUUUCUGAGUGUUGACAAAAAUAGGUGCUAUGCUUUAAGUAAACCCAAAGCUUUGAUGAUAUGAAUGAAAACCAAAGGAUGUGGUCAUCAUGCACACUAACAUAAUUCAUCUCUCUGAUCACUCUCUUUUUAUUGAACUGCUAUACAAAUAACACUGGAUGAUUGUGUAGAGUUGUUUUGAUCUUUUGUUUGUAUGUGGUAGAUCCUUGCUAUUGAUGCAAUAACUGUAGGUGAUUUUUAUGUGUGUUUAUGUAUCUGUGAUCAAAAAGGUAUUUUAGCAACCUGAACAGAGGCUUUUAAAUCUGGACAUUUAUUUGUCUCAAGUGCCAUCAAGCUAAAUUUGAUCUAGGAUCAGUGGAUUCUGCUUUAGCAUCAUCUGAAUGGAGAGACUGUCUUAGCCAUGUACAACAGGAUUAAAGCUAUCUGUUAAAUAAGGAGGCACAUUAAAGCACUGACCCGUACACGGACACUUUACUAAGGUUUCCAAGGUCAAACCUCUGCUCAUUUUAUUUUAAAGGGUUAAAGGGAUGGAUUUACACCACUUGUCUAUUCUGCACUACAUAAGCCUUAAAGGGACACUCCACAUUUUUUGAAAAUAUGCCCAUUUUCCAGCUGCUCUAGAGUUAAACAUUUGAUUUUACGUUUUGGAAUCCAUUCAGCCGAUCUUCGAGUCUGGCGCUACCAUUUUUAGCAUAGCUUAGCAUAAUCCAUUGAAUCUGAUUAGACCAUUAGCAUCACGCUCAAAAAACUUGACUCUUCUGUAGUCACAUCGUGUACUACGACUGAUGGGAAAUUAAAAGUUGUGAUUUUCUAGGCUGAUAUGGCUAAAAACUAUACACUCAUUCUGGCGUAAUAAUCAAGGACUUUGCUGCUGUACCAUGGCUGCAGCAGGCGGAAAAAUUACGCAGUGCCCAAAGAUAGUCCCCUUGGUAACUUCCAAUAGCUUGGGAUUAUUUUGUCUUAGUAAACAAUGUAGCUACAGAAGAGUCAAGUUUUAAAUAGGAAAAAUAUCUAAACUCUUUGGUUAUUUUUUAGCGUGAUGCUAAUGGUCUAAUCAGAUUCAAUGGAUUAUGCUAAGCUAUGCUAAAAGUGCUAGCGCCAGAACUGGAGAUCGGCUGAAUUGAUUCCAAAACUAUAAAAAUCAAAUGUUUAACUGUAGGGGAGCUGGAAAAUUAGCAUUUUGAGUUUCCCUUCAAGUCAUGACAUGAUUAUGUGAGUCUUUGUGUUUAUUGAAUCAAAGUCUUAAACUGGUUUCGUAUGGGGAUUUCAAUUUUUAUUCACACAGCUCUCAAUAGAUUCUUCAACAGGCUACAAUAAAUAGCUUUUUGUUUCAGGCA